AUGGUUGUUGCCACCAUGCCGUGGCUUUCAGGCACCAUUAAAGGAACUACCCAUCACACCCUUCAAUUCUUCUUCCAUGAAAAAUCCCCUCCUCCUACCCUUGGGAUCCUCUCCUUCGACACUGCUAAAACCAUGGCUGCCCUCAUUUCUCUCUACCGAUCUCUCUCCGACGAAGAGAUUUUCAAGCUCCGGAACGUCGUCGUACGCUCCCAAGGUGUCGCCUAUUUGAAUUCCAAAGACAAGGAGUUUCUUCUCAAUCUCGCUUGCUCCGAGCGGCUCGAGGAAUUGAACAAUGCUGCCUCCUCUGUUUCUCGACUCAGCAAAAAGUGCGCCGAUUUGGGCCUCGCCCGAUUCGACCUCGUCUUCUCCAAUAUGAAAGAUGGAAUAUUCAAUUCAGUCAAAUCCAAUUCGGGUUUCAAGAAUGUUGCUAAACUUAUUGGAAGAAUGGAGAAGCUGGUGUUCUCCACGGCGGAGCUUCAUUCUUCUAUGGAAGCUCUGUUCGAAAUGGAAGCGUCGGAGAAGAAGCUGCAGAAUUGGAGAACGUCGAGUCCAAAUCAAUACCCACCUGUGAAUUUCGAAAUGUUGAAGAAAAAACUGGCUACCCAGAGGAAAGACGUGAAGCAUGCCAAAGAAAUUUCGUUAUGGAAUCAGAGUUUCGAUUACGCAGUCGGAAUGAUGACGCGACUCAUCUGCGUCAUAUACGCGAGAAUUUCCACCGUCUUCAGCCCGUAUGUUCCGGAGCAGGAUUGUUCUUCGUAUCACAACCCACCAACUGGAAUCUUCAGAGACAGAUUCUGGAAGUGGAAUUUCUAUGGCGGACAUCGAAAGUCCGGCAGCGGCGACGGCGAAUAUAAGUUCGAAACACAAUCUGGGCCGAUUCCGAAAAGGGGGAAAAAGGAAUUGGUCCGAUUUCCGAGUGUGAUUAGAGUAAACGACGUCGCCGAAUUUCGGUCCGGGGAACUCAAUUCCUCGAAGUUGGAAAAUAACAGAGUAUACACAUCAGCGCCACCAACGACGGUGGGGGGAACAGGGCUUUCAUUGAACUACGCGAACGUGAUACUCUUCGCGGAGCGUUGCCUGCACUCUCCGACGACGAUAGGAGAAGAAGCGCGUGGGAAGUUUUACGAGAUGUUGCCAGCAAAAAUAAAGCAAAAUUUGAGGGCUAAAUUGAGAAGGAACAAUUGGAUGAAUAAAGGAGGAGAGGAGAAAAUGGGGAGCGAGAGGGAUACGCAGUCGCUUGCGGCGGGGUGGAAGGAGGCGGUGGAGGACAUGAUGGGGUGGUUGGGUCCGUUGGCUCACGACACAAUGCGGUGGCAGUCGGAGAGGAACAUGGAAAAACAGAGGUUCGACACCAGUCCGACAACGCUGCUGAUGCAAACGCUGCAUUAUUCGGACUUGGAGAAGACAGACGCCGCCAUUGUAGAGAUUUUGGUGGGGUUGAGUUGCAUUUAUAAAUUUGAGAAUCGGCAGACGCAAGAUCACCGGAAUUGUAAUCAACAAUAA